AUGGCAUCAGCAUUCAAUGCUCUACACCGAAACCCAUACGCCAAAGAAGGAGGAAGACGUCAACCCACUACACCCGUCCUUCACAUACCAACCCCCUUCAACUGCGCUGAAGCUAACAGCAUCGCUCCCCACAGAUACACCAUCCCCAAGAACUACCACGGCCUUACCCUCAACCAAGCCGCCAAGUACGGUGUCCUCGCCGCCGGUUUCGGCGGUGUAGCCGGCUUCUUCGCCCUCUUCUUCUUCGCCGAGGUCCCCAAGGUACGCGACGACAUCAUGAAGAAGAUUCCCGUUCUCGACAAGUUCUUCACCCACGAGAUACCGCCCGAGGAUAACCCUUUCUGA